CAGGACCUGUGGCUGUGUAUUAUUUCCAGUCGCUCCCACUGGCUGCCACAGAUCUGUGCAACAGGGAGCUGGAGCUGAACCUCCUCUGUGCAUGAAAACACUCAAACAUGGCUGGUAAAAUUCAGAGUCUGACUGAGGAGGAGAGGAAUCACCUCCUCCCCCUGCUACGCAAUGCUCAGUGGGUGGAGGUUGUGGGACGGGACGCCAUUUACAAAGAGUUUAUUUUCAAAGACUUCAAUCAGGCUUUUGGUUUCAUGUCCAGAGUGGCGUUGCAAGCAGAGAAGAUGGACCAUCACCCCGAAUGGUUCAACGUCUAUAAUAAGGUCCAGAUCACCCUCAGCACACAUGACUGUGGGGGGCUGUCCCAGCGAGACAUCACGUUGGCCACCUUCAUUGACCAGGCAUCGCUGAUGUGAGGCUUCAUUCCUCUGGCGUCACCUGCAAAAUCCAAACGAUACGUACAUUCCACUGACUUGGGUCCAAAGUGUGUUUAAAAAAUAUAUAUAUAUAUAUAUAUAUAUAUAUAUGUUUACUGUGGGUUUUUGCACGUGAUAGAUUAUGAACCAAAAGGUUAAAAUGGUGUUUACACAUUAAAGAUCAAGUCAUUUCUCAUUAUUACAGAAAACAUUCACAAUGGUUGUGUUUUUGUACUUCCCUGUCAGUAAAUGAUAUUUUCUGUCAAACUGUUCUCGUCAUAACUAUAAAAAAGGAAACGACCAGAGAAGGAGACU